AUGCGAGGAUCGGGCUCCUGCGUGGGAGCAGGGAUGGACGCGGGGUUGCGCAUCAUUUUGAGCGUGAGUUUGGGGACGUGGUGGCAACGCGGAGAGGGACCUCGCGCGUUGGUCCAAACGCGAGGCUGUGCCUGGGAUGGGGUUGUGCGUUGGUUGGGGAACGAGGUUGUGCGUUGGUUUGAGCACGGGGUGGUUGCAGGGGCUGGGGGUAGCUCACGGGAUAGAGCUUCGCGGGAUAGGGGCUGCGCAUCCCGGUUGUUUAACGGGAAUGGAGCCGUGCGCGAGACCGAGCGUGGGAAUGGGGACGAGGACAGUGCUGGGAGUGGGGCUGUGCGUGAACAUAGGACUGAGGCGACGACAGUGACAGCAAAGGAUGCCUCCCUAUCCACCUCCGAGCAGCGAUACCUCUUCGACAUCUCCAGCCUGCCUGAGGCAGAGGAGGUGACGGGCGCAGAGCUGCGGAUCCUUCGUGCCCUCCCUGAAAACCGGAGCUUGGCCCUGUCCCCCGAAGGCACCUUCCACCACCUCCUCCUUUCCACCUGCCCAAGCCAGGAUGGUCAGGAGCCCCGGCUGCUGGACUCCAGGGCUGCAGACAUUUUGGACGCAGGCUCCUCCAGAUGGGAGGUUUUUGAUGUCUGGGGAGCCUUGCGAGAUUGGAGGGAGAGAUCUCUCUCGGGCAAGCUGCUGUGCUUCCUGCUGAGGAUCGUCUCGGAUCAGUCGGGGCAGCUCCUGCCCCCCCGACAACUGGGGUUCAACAAGCCCCAGCCCCAGCCCCACGAGCGAGCCCUGCUCGUGGCCUUCUCCCGCACCCAGAGGAAGGAGAAUCUGUUCAAGGAGAUCCGGGAUAAGAUCAAGGCCCUGGGCAGCCCCCCAUUCCUGGAGCCCCCUGAUCCUGGCCAGGAGGUGUAUCCCAAGCGGAGGAAGAGAAGGACCACGAUUGCUGCCCGGUCUGGGGGCAGAGGCCAUGGGAAGAAGGCGAAGACCCGCUGCAGCAGGAAGCCUCUGCACGUGAACUUCAAGGAGCUGGGCUGGGAUGACUGGAUAAUCGCCCCCCUGGAUUACGAGGCGUAUCACUGUGAGGGGGUCUGCGACUUCCCCCUGCGCUCCCACCUGGAGCCCACCAACCAUGCCAUUAUUCAGACCCUGAUGAACUCCAUGGACCCGGAGUCCACCCCCCCAAGCUGCUGUGUGCCCUCCAAGCUCAGCCCCAUCAGCAUCCUCUACAUAGACUCUGGGAACAAUGUGGUUUACAAACAGUACGAGGACAUGGUCGUGGAGACGUGUGGCUGCAGGUAGCAAUUUCUGCAGCUCUCCUCCUCCCCACCCCUCCCUGCCCUGCCCAGCAGCCCUGCCCCAUUUUAUAUAUAUAAAUAUAGAUAUAUAUAUAUAAAAUAUAUAUAUAUAUAUACACAUACACAUUUUGGUGUGUGCCUUUCCAAAA